AUGUCGGAUUCUGCUAGUUUCCCCAAGGGCAAGCCAGAUAGCGAGUGGCGAGCCAUUCUCUCACCGGAGCAGUUCCGAGUGCUCCGCCAGAAGGGCACGGAGCCGGCAUAUACGGGCAAGUAUGAGAAGUUCAAGGGCGAGGGCGUGUACACCUGCGCCGGGUGCGGGACACCGCUGUACAAGAGCACAACCAAGUUUGACAGCGGUUGCGGGUGGCCCGCGUUCUUCGAUGCUAUACCUGGUGCGAUAAACCGCCACACGGACAGGUCGUUUGGGAUGGAGAGGACGGAGAUUACCUGUGCGGCUUGUGGGGGUCAUCUUGGGCACGUGUUCAAGGGGGAAGGGUUCCCGACGCCUACUGAUGAGCGUCACUGCGUCAAUUCGAUCUCUCUGAACUUCAAGGAAGAGUGA